AUGCCGCUCAGACUGACGGCCUACGCUCUGGCGUACACGUUCGUUUCUACAGGCGCGGUCAAGGCGCCAGAGGAGGCCCCGGCGGAGGCCCAGAAGCAGGCCACCGCGGCGAGCGACCUUAAGGCGCUCCAAAACAAGACCGAGGAGUCCCCUGUGUUCCAGCAGAAGGUUGCUCAGAUCUGUGGACGCUCUGGUGACGCCUCCUGCGAGACCAAGGCGGGCGGAGCGCUCUUCUGCGCCCUCCUGCGGCGCUCCCGCCCGGAGCUCGCCGGGCAGGCCUGCAGCGGAGGCAGCGUCGUGAUCGCGCCUUCGUCGUUCCUGGAGGUCUCCGCGCUGAACAGGCUCAAGAGCCUAGCGCCGGAGGACGAUCUGGCGCAGGAGAUGACCCACGACCUCGAGAUGAACUUCAAUAAGAUUGCCCCCUUUGGCAAGGAGGACACCGCGAAAGAAUUGCAGGACCAUGCAGCCAAGACGCAGGACACCCUGGUGGACGCUGUGGAGAAUGCGGAAGUUGCAGAGAUCAAGCGCGCCGUCUUCCGCGCGCUGACACGCCUGCGGGCGGCCACGAUCAAGGAGUUUGACACGAUCGCCCGUCUCGAGACGCAGGCUAUCGAUGCCUAUAAUGACGCCCACCACUACCGCGCCGAGAACCCACUCGCGCACUUACACGAAGAUGAGGCGCCGGUGGAGACCGACAAGCUCAAGUCCUUCCACUGA